AUGGCCGGGGAUCUCACCUCCCAGGUUCUCAAUGCCUUGUCCAAGGCCGACCCCCUGCUGUCCACCGAAGCCUUCCCCGAUGUCUCCUUCGCCGACCUCAAGGCCGUGCUCGACAGGCUAGCCUCGCGGUCCAUGGUCGAGUACAAGCAAUUGGAGCGCGAGGAGGCCGUUCUCCUGCCCGAGGGCGAGCAGAUCCUCCAGAACGGCAGUCAUGAGGCCCGCGUCUGGGAGGCCCUCAACAAGGCCAUGGGCGCCCUGUCCGUCCAGGAGAUCAAGGCCGCCGUCGGCGACGACAAGGUCGCAGGCUUCGGCCAGGGCAAGGCCAUGAAGGCCAAGUGGAUCGGCAAGGCCGAGGGCGGAAAGUUCACCGCGCUGGUCGACUCGAUAACGGAUACCACCCGAGACCAGCUCCGCACCAUCCACGAGACCCGCACCCUUUCUGACGCAAAGGUCAUCGCCGACUUCAAGAAGAGGACGCUGAUCAAGGUCCAGAAGGUCCUCAGCUUCAAGAUCCAGAAGGGGCCCAAGUUCGCCCUGGAGCUGGUCAAGGAGGAGACCGACCUCACGGAAGAGAUGUUGGCGACGGGCUCCUGGAAGACCGCCACCUUCAAGCCCUACAACUUCAACGCCCUGGGCGCCGACCAGCACGCCGGUGCCCUGCACCCCCUGAUGAAGGUGCGCCACGAGUUCAGGAACAUCUUCUUCGAGAUGGGCUUCGAGGAGAUGCCCACCUCCCGCUUCGUCGAGUCUGGCUUCUGGAAUUUCGAUACCCUCUUCGUCCCGCAACAACACCCCGCCAGGGAUCUGCAGGACACCUUCUACAUAUCAGACCCCAAGCUGGCCGACAAGCCGCGCGCCGAGGAUGCGGAUGACAAGAAGGACUACGACACAUACUUUGAGAACGUGAGACAGGUCCACGAGAGCGGAAAGUACGGCUCGAUAGGUUAUAGAUACCCGUGGGCUGAGGAGGAGUCGCUCAGACUGGUCCUGAGAACACACACCACCGCCAUCUCGACGGCCAUGCUGCACAAGCUGGCCGACAAGAAGGGCCCCGACGGAAAGCCGCCGCCGGCCCGCUACUUCUCCAUCGACCGUGUCUUCCGAAACGAGAGUGUCGACGCCACCCAUCUUGCCGAGUUCCACCAGGUCGAGGGUGUCAUCGCCGACUACGGCCUCACGCUCGGCGGUCUGAUGGAGUUCAUGACCAUCUUCUUCAAGAAGAUGGGUAUCGAGGACCUGCGCUUCAAGCCUGCCUACAACCCCUACACCGAGCCCAGCCUGGAGAUCUUCUCCUUCCACAAGGGGCUCAACAAGCUGGUCGAGAUCGGCAACAGCGGCAUGUUCCGCCCCGAGAUGCUCGAGGCCAUGGGCCUGCCCGGCGACCUGCGCGUCUACGGCUGGGGCCUCAGCCUGGAGCGCCCGACCAUGAUCAAGUACGGCAUCUCCAACAUCCGCGAGCUGCUCGGCCACAAGGUCGACCUGAACUUCAUCGAGAGGAAUCCCGCCGUGCGCUUAGAAAAAAACUAG